UAAAAUAAUUGGAGCCCUGAAGGACAUGUACCUACAUUAAAAUAUUGUGAUGUUGAGGUUGAGUAUGCUGUUAAGCUGUAUUUUCAUGACGAAUACUGCCCUGGAGGAGAAGAGCACGGCGUACGGAAACUUAGGGGCGGGCACCCGAUUGGACAAACGAGAAAUCGCUACCGAUUUCGACAAGUACGCAGUCACCUGUUACAUAUGCGUUAACGUAUCGGACAACUUAAUUUGCAACCAGUUCGCCAUCGACAAACCCUGCAAACCAGGUGAAACAUUUUGUCAUACAUUGCAUAUAAUGGAUUCGAAGGGAACAAGCGUUUUAGUCAACAAAAAAUGUACCACGGACAAGGAGUGCCAAAGAAACAAAGUUGGGUGCAUUGAAAUAGACUCGCAACUCAUGUGCGUCUCGUGCUGUGAUCAAGACUACUGCAACACAAACGUGCCCGUCAACUCUUCCAACGCCGUCUUCGAUGACAAGAUCACGAAAAUGCGGAUGCUUGCCAAAAACCUAUUCACCGAAAGGGAGAAGGCCAUGACCACUACAUUAAAAGACUCUAGUGUAAAUAAUUUUAUCAGCGUUAACCUAGUGAUACUGUGUUUAUAUUUAAUUUUUACUUGCACUUAAGGGUUUGGGGU